AUGGUCGUCGGUAUCGGCACUUGUGGUUUAAGACCGGUGGAUUAUCAUCUUGCGAACCCUGAUUAUGGCACUGUUGGAUUUAUCUUCCGGAUAUUCCGGGGGUGGAUUUAUUGGAUGAAACCGGAGUAUGGGUAUCAUUUCUCGCGGUUGGUUGGUUAUCAUUCGCUCCUUGUGAUGAGGUAUCUACUGGGUGAUUUUUUCACUCACGGAUACAUUCGUAUCCUGGUAAAUCGGUUGCUUCGGCGAUCAAUUUGCCAGAAGCUGCAGGUACAGACCAUGAAAGACGAGACGGUAAGUAUGGUUGUGGAUGAUAAAAAGAGUGAAAUCGCAGUCGGUUUCGAUUGGAGUAGCACCAAACACACCAGACAAAGAAUCCAUGAUAGAAAGCAUCAACGAAUUAACAAAGGAACCGAAUUACCACUGAAAUUCAAAGGGGUUGUUCCACAGCCAAACGGGCAUUGGGGAGCGCAAAUCUACGCAAAUCACCUGAGGAUUUGGUUAGGGACCUUCAAAUUAGAGACUGAAGCCGCAAUGGCGUACGAUAGUGCUUCCAUCAAACUUCGUACCGGAGACAACUACAGAAACUUUCCAUGGACCAACAUGACAGUUCAUGAGCCUAAAUUCCAGGACCUUCAUAGUACAGAAGUGAUUUUGAACAUGAUAAGGGAUGGAUCAUAUCCAUCAAAACUUGAAGACUUUCUGAGGAGCCAAAAGGGGGAAAGUGAAAUAGGUGUCAACCUAAUCAAGGUCCAAGGGCAUGUUGGUGUUUCUUGUAAACUUCUUUUCCAAAAAGAAUUGACACCAAGUGAUGUGGGCAAACUUAAUAGGCUUGUCGUCCCAAAGAAAUAUGCGGUCAAGUUCUUUCCUCCUAUGUCGGAGGACACGGAAGAAAAUACGGGCAGUGGGAAGGUGGAUGAGGUACAUCUCUUCUUAUACGACAGGAUGAUGAGGCUAUGGAAAUUCCGGUACUGUUACUGGAAGAGUAGCCAGAGUUUUGUUUUCACAAGGGGUUGGAAUCGAUUCGUGAAGGAAAAGGGGUUAAAGGCCAACGACCUCAUUGGUUUCUACGUAUGCGAAGGUCAAGAACCAGUGAAAGAACGGCAAUCCUUCUUUGUUAUCGAUAUAGGUCACACUGAGGGAUCAAGAAACGGUACGGUGGAUGAAGGGAUUAUAAGCCAGAAUGCGGAUAUACAAGUGGAUUUAAGUCUGAAACUGGGACCAAAUGUCAAUGUCAACUUGGAGUUGGUUAAGGAUGAGAAAGAAGAGUGUGAGCGUCAUAAGUUGGUGCUUUCGGGACUGGGGUUAGCAUCCAAGAGGAAGAGAAGUGUUAGACUUUUUGGUAUUGAGCUCAAUUGA